GCUCCAGAGGACCCCGGGCGCCGCCAUCUUAACCAGGACGGAAGCCGUGUGGGGACUUGGCGCGCACGCGCAUAGAUCCUCCGGAAACACGGGGGUGGGCCUGCUGUUGUUCUUGGGCUGGGUUUCAGGGUGUUCAGCUGUUGUGCACCCCCCCCAACAAUGGCUGAAGAGGAGGCUCUGGGGUCCGACGGGCCGGCAGGUUCCCAGACACUUCUGGACUCUCUGCUUCAGAACCUCUACGACUUUGGAGAGACAGGAGACGAAACAGAACAGAAAAGGAUCAAGAAGAAAAGGGAAAACAAGAAGAGAGAUUUGGGAACUAAAGCAGUCUUAGCAGAGGAAUCAGCUCCUCCACCUGGUUCUCUUGUAAGAGGCCAAAGGAAAAGUGCUUCCAGCUUCUUCAAAGAACUCAGAGAAGAACUUCACAUCACACCUGCAGUGACUACCACAGGUUUCCUUUUAGAAGCAGAGGUCACUGCUACAAUAUCUCCCUCUUGCCUGAAGAACAACCAGGAGCGAGUCGAAGUGGUAGAAUUUCACAGCAGAAAUAAAAAAAGAAAACCAAGGCUGAAUCAAGAUGAGACCACAAAGACCAAAACAAGUGUCCUUGAGAAAGAUGUGAAUAUACAAGAAUUUAACUUCGAAAAGGCUCGUUUGGAAGUGCACCGAUUUGGGAUCACGGGUUAUGGAAAAGGAAAGGAAAGGGUCCUGGAACAGGAACGGGCUAUUAUGCUAGGUGCCAAGCCUCCCAAAAAGAGUUAUGUAAAUUACAAGGUUUUGCAGGAGCAAAUCAAAGAAAAAAAGACAGCAAAGGAAGAAGAAAAGAGAAUGGCCCAGGACACAGAUAUUUUCAAGAAGAAGAGGAAAGGACAGGAAGACAGGAAAUCCAAAAAGAAGAAAUCAGCUCCCAGUAUUUUGUCAAGUGGACAUAUUGGACAAGUUGGAAAAUUCAAAAAUGGGACAUUGAUUCUGAGUCCAUUUGAUAUCAAGAAAAUAAAUUCUUCCAGAGUAGUUAAGUGAAGUACUUUAUAAAAUAAAAAGAAGAAUGGAAAAGUGCCAUUGUUCUGAAGCUGGACCAGGACAAGACUUCCAGAUUUUUCUUAUCUAUUUCAUAUUUCACACUGCUUUUUUAUUUUAGGAAAAAAAAAUAUCAAACAGAAAUAAUAAAAUUUCUAGUUGCUCCAG